UGGUAAUUACAUUUCUAUGGGCAGAGCGCGAACACACCACCGGUCCUCGCUGCACAGCACGAGCCGCUUUGAUUUGUUUUUAUGUAUUAACUAACGUGAGACGUCUGGUGCAGAGAUAUAUUUUUAACUAGAGCAGCCUCUGUACGUCGUGUUUCCUCCCUGGAGAACACCCCUCCUUUUCUGCCUGGCGUCUCGUUGAGCUGAAAGCCUGCCGCGGAGCGCUUGUCACACAGGCCGCGAAUCGGGUCUUGUUGCUGGGAGGAGACCAUCCAGACUCGCCUCCCUGCUAGCAUUAUUAGCUGGCUACGAUGCGCCGCUGCGGCUGGUGUAUUUUCCACACAGCACGCCACUGUAAAGCGAGGCAGGUCCUUGGAUAAUUGUUUACCCCGACGGGACUGAAGGGUGACUUGGAGACACACCACACCUUUCAAGGAUGGAUGUUGAUAUGUGUGCUGGCGGGGACAGUACCAGGAGAAAAGUGGAUUUGGCUGGGGUCGCGGAGGGCACAAUGGACGUCGUACCGUUGGAGAUGUACGACUCGGCCAGAGCAAAAAUAGCUGCCAACCUGCGGUGGCUGUUUGCCAAAGCCUAUGGCAUCGACCAUAUUCCAGAGGACUUAAGGGACCCGUUCUACACAGACCAGUAUGAACAGGAACACAUCAAACCGCCUGUCAUCCGCCUGCUGCUGUCCUGCGAGCUCUACUGUCGUGUCUGCUCCCUUAUUCUUAAGACGGAGCAGGCUGCGUCUCUUCAGUCCCACCUGUCUGUCAUCCAGGCUCUGUCCAGGAAGGGCAUUUAUGUGGUGGAGAGUGACGAUACACCUGUCACAGAUGGGGACCUGGCCUGCGUGCCCAUCAAAAUGAGCGCUCACAUGCCCAUGAUCGAUGCCCUGAUGAUGGCUUACACAGUGGAGAUGAUCAGCAUCGAGAAAGUUGUGGCUUCUGUCAAGCGCUUCUCUACCUUCAGUGCCUCCAAGGAGCUGCCCUUUGACCUGGAGGACGCCAUGGUCUUCUGGAUCAACAAGGUGAACAUGAAGAUGAGGGAAAUCACAGAAAGGGAACACAAAGUCAAACACCACCCCCUGGAGUCCCCAAGUCACCAAAAGGUACGGUAUCGUCGGGAGCACGCUUCAGGCCGACAGCUGCCCUUCUUCCCUCUGCUGGAAGACCUCAUGAGGGAUGUUUGUGACGGAGCUGCACUGCUUACAGUGGUCAACUACUACUGCUCGGACCUCAUGAAGCUGGAGGAUAUUUGCCUGAAGGAAGUGCCCUCCAUCGCUGAUAGCCUGUACAACAUCCAGCUACUCAAAGAGUUCGCCAACGAGUAUCUGAAUAAAAGUUUCUAUCUGACAACGGAGGACAUGCUUUACUCACCACUCGUUCUCAAGCAUAAUGUGAUGGUGUUCAUUGCUGAACUCUUCUGGUGGUUUGAGACUGUGAAGCCAGAGUUUGUGCAGCCUAGAGGUCUCCAAGAGUUCAAAGAUGCUCGAGCCAUAGCUCAGCCCAAGAGUGCCCGCCCAUCAGUGCCUAUCUCCAACGCCACCAAGCGCAGCUUCCUGGCCAGCCCUGGUGUGGCCGAUAACCAGAGCAGCCCUGAAGUCUGUAACAGGUACUUCCUGCAUCCUGAAGACUCUGAUCCCCUCAAAGGGGGUCCAACCUUCAGUCCUUCCCACCCACUCCUGCCCCUCCGACAGAGGCAACAGAAGCAGCAAGGAGAAGAUGGUGCAGGUCUCAGAAAUCGCUCCAACUCCCUGACUCAGAUGGACGGACAACCCAGAGGCUCUGUUGUUGCAUGGCCAGAUAAGAGGCAGAGACCGCUGUCCACACUGAGCCCCUACAUGUUUCAUUCAGCCACAGACAGUGACGCCGACAUUGCUUCUGGCGAUAGUGUGAGUCUGGCUCGCUCCAUAAGUAAGGACAGCCUGGCAUCCAACGUCAUCAACGUUACACCCAAACACCAGACUUCUGUCCAUCCGCCUUCACAGGCCGCCGUCAUGCGCAGAGUCAAUGGCCACAGCCUCCUGGGCAACGUCAACAUUGAGGAUGAGGAAGAAACUCUGGCGGCAGUUGCCAGGACUGAUGGUCCCGUCAUCCCCAAGCGGGUUGACGGGAUGCAAGCAACUGCCGCAGUGGGACCUUCUUCUGAGUCCAAACCUGCAACAGAUAGCUUUUACUUAGAACCACUGAUGCCUGCCGUGAUCAAAACGGCUAAAGAGAAGUCUGUAUGCCUAAACAAGGAGGAGGAGAGCGGAGAGGGGCCCCACUCUUCAGGGAGGGGCUCACUACGCCGAGGAGAUGGAUCUACGUCAGCUGUUCGAAGGAAAGCUCCCUGCGGCCUAAACCAAACCUUUACUCCUCCGAGUGAGGAGGCGGACUUAUCAGAGGAGCCUCCUCAGAGUCAGGCAGGCUUUAGGCCCCCUGUUACCAGCAGUGUGGACCCCUCGACCAGAGAGCCAGCUGGGGGUUUCUACCUACACUCGGAUUCUGAAGAACCAAAGUCUGGCCAGGGUCUGGACGCUGAGCUGGAAGACCUGGACGAAGAGGAGGAAGAUCUGGAUGAAGCUGUCACCACUAAAGACCCCAGCUGGCCGCCCAGGAAAGCCUUUAAUGGAGACGAUGAAGAAGAAGAAUCAGCCAAACUCCAAGAAGACAUGAAUGUGAAAGAGCACGAGGACAAAGACAUGAAUGGCGGCAGCGGUCGCUCCAGCCCCUGCCUCAGCGGUCACUCCCAGGCCAGCAGCAUGGCCAGUGGCAGUGUACGCAUGACCUCAUUCGCAGAGCGCAAAGCCCAGCAGCAGCGCUUCGGCAGCAACCACGACCUACGCUCCAGUGCCUCCAGCUCCCAAAGGACCACUCCAGAUGGAUCGGAGAGCAGCGGGCCCCUGGCCUCCUCCUGGAGGCUUAAAAGAGACCAGAGCCCCUCCUCACCCUUGGGAGGAUGCAAUCGAAGCGGCGAUGGCAGCGGUGGUUCUAAUGUACUUGCUUCUGAAAUUGUCCAGCUCCGAAUGCAGCUGGAGGAGAAACGACGUGCCAUUGAGCACCAGAAGAAGAAGAUGGAAGUGCUGUCGGCGAGGCAGAGGCAGAAACUGGGGAAGGCUGCUUUCCUGCACAUCGUAAAGAAAGGUGGAGGCAAGAGCGACACAUUACCCAACCCACUUAAAGCUGACAUCUCUAAAGACGAGCUCGGUGGGGAGAAAGCACCAUCAAGUAAAGAUGAUAUGUGUGUUGACGCCCUCAGAGGGGACAAAGCGGUGGACGGGACCGCCCCGCCUGGUGCCUUAGAAGCAGACAAGAAAGCGAACAGUGGAAGCUUCUAUCUGGAAGAAGAGUUGGACCUCAACGAGUGCAGCCGCUCCAUCGAUCUGUUGAACGAAGCCAUCGGCAGCAUCCAGCAACAGAUGAUGCAGCUGUCACUGCAGCAGGAGAUGUUAAUGAAACAGAAUGUACAGUCCCCCCCUGGUGCAGCUCCUCCUCCUCCUGUUGACAAAAACGGUGACGCAAAGGCGGGAGGAAGCUUUCACUUUGUGGAGCACGGCUCCGGCACCAGCACCGCUCCCACCAGGAAGCCCCCCAAGCUGAGCUCAGGCCGGAGUUCUAGGUCUAAGCCAUCAGAGCUGAAAAUAGCGAAGGAGCAGAGCCGGCAGACUUCCAGGACCCUCACCCCCACCCAGAGUGGCUCAGAGACAUUACCACAUGCGAGGCAGUUAGCUGGGGGCAGGUCCCCCAGGAGCGACCAGCCCGACAGCCCCAGAAACCCCAUAGUAGGAGAGACAAUCGACAGGCCGGGCUCUGGCCACAUUCGGAGCGCCAACUUCCGCCUGCAUGACGAGGCAAACGUACGUCUGCCGACCCGAGUGGACCUGAAGGUAAUGGCUGCUCAAGAAGUGUCCUUUGACGAGUGCCUGUCCAGCACCCCGAGAGAGUCUGAGCUCAACUCUUCAGACGGUUCAGGGAAAGAAAACAUACCAUCAGACGAGGUGCAGCGCAACAAAUCCCACCUGAUUGAGGUCGAUCUGUCGGAGCUGAAAGCCCCAGAGGAAGAGGAGGCUUCUCAGGACACGACGACAGAAGGAGGCGACGGAGAGCAGAAGUCCGUCAUGGGCUUCUUCUUCAAGGACGAGCAGAAGGCAGAGGAUGAGCUUGCUAAGAAGAGAGCAGCGUUCUUGCUCAAGCAGCAGAAGAAAGCUGAGGAAGCUCGACUGCGUAAACAACAACUAGAAGCCGAAUCAGAGCUGAAACGAGAUGAAGCCAGACGGAAGGCCGAGGAGGACCGCCUGCGUAAAGAAGAGGAGAAGACACGGCGGGAGCUGAUAAAGCAGGAGUACCUGCGGAGGAAGCAGCAGGAGAUGUUUGAGGAACAAGGCCUCGUGAAGCCCAAAACCCCCAAACCGAAGCAGAAACACCGACCCAAGUCCGUCUUCAGAGAGGAAUCCUCCAGCGAUACUUUCUCAAAGUGCUCUUCCACACCUGACAACCUGAGCAACGCCCAGUCAGGCUCCAGUCUGUCUUUGGCCUCCGCUGCGACCAACGAGGCCGACAGUGUCAACUCUGGAGGGGCUGGCUCCCAGCGCUGUGACUCAGUGGAGUCGUUUCCAGGCACUCGUAACAACAGUCGAACUGCAGAAAGAGACUGGGACAACGGCUCCACUGCAUCCUCCAUCACGUCAAUGGCUGAAUAUACUGGUCCCAAACUAUUCAAGGAGCCCAGUGCCAAGUCGAAUAAGCCAAUCAUCCAUAAUGCAAUCUCCCACUGCUGCCUGGCUGGCAAAGUCAAUGAGCCUCAGAAGAACCAGAUCCUUGAGGAGCUGGAGAAGUGCGAGUCUAACCACCUGAUGAUCCUGUUUCGGGACGGUGGCUGCCAGUUCCGGGCGCUCUACUCGUACUUCCCCGACACCGAAGAGAUCCAGAAGCUGACCGGAACGGGACCCAAGAGCAUCAGCAAGAAGAUGAUCGAUAAGCUGUACAAGUACAGCUCCGACCGAAAGCAGUUCACCGUCAUCCCCGCCAAGACUGUGUCAGUCAGCGUGGACGCCCUGACCAUCCACAACCACCUGUGGCAGGCCAAGAGAAGUGCUGUGCCAAAGAAAAGCGGGAAAUAGCAGAUUUUAAACCCUUCUGUCAUCCAAAUCAUCAUCUUAACCCCAUCAUGCUUGUUUCCUAAACAGACUGCUUUGAUUGAUGCCCACAGCCAAGCUCACCGCCAUGAAACCUACUCUGGAGAGGACACAUUUAUGGGCAUGUGGUCCUCUGUAGGUGGACCCAGGCAGAAACAAGGGAAAAGGUAUGUGUGUGUGUAUGCGUGUGUGUGUCACAGGUGGUCUGAGGGACUGGUGCUUGCAACAGAAAGAGGAAUGCCGGCUGAAUUUGCUUCUUCUCCCCCGUGAUCUCUCUGCGAUCUGUUCGGGUGUCUUUCGGUCCGGCUCCUGUUUUUUUUUACGACGACCACAACUCAAGCACGUGGCAUUUUUUUUCUUCCUGUCUCUCAUAUGUGGUGGAUGUUCAUUUUUACAUGAAGUAUUUAUUAGUUCAGCACUGUCAUGGUCGAGAGCUCAGCUGCAGCACUAAAGUCCUUCCUUGUCUCCGCCUCUCCUUCGGACAUUUGGAAAAGAGGAGGAGACGCUGGGAGGAAUUCUGUUGCUCUUUUCAGAAAAUCCGAAACAAGGGACCUUUGUCUAACCCUUUAUGAUUGUCGGGCCGCUGUUGUCCCAACACAAAACAACAAUCUCUUCCUGCGUGGACUGUCGAAUCUGUCGAAUCAGGCUGGCAUUGCCGAUUUUGCCUCACCAGGGAUCUCCAAAAAACACACACAAAAAAAUCCUGCUGCUCUUGACUGUCUUCUUCUUUUGUCACGGGGGAGCUCCUCAGGUCUCCCUUCGACAUCCGUUGGCCUUUCACGCAUCGUGGUACUAUCGUCUAUUUAUUCAACCGCUUUUUAAACUAGACGCUGAUCGUGUAGCACUGGAUAUGUGUAUAGCAAAAAAAAAAAAAAAGAAAAAAAAAGAAAUUGACGGUCAUUUUAAAUACUUUUAUUUGUCAAUAACAUCCUUUUUCUCAAGGGUGUCAAAAGAGGGCGAAUGAUAGGUUUUGGUACAGAAAUGAUGCUUUUUUUGUUUUUGUUUUUUUCGCUUUUUUUGUUUUUUUAAAUUUUUAUUAUGAUUAAAGCAAUGUGGUAUAGAG